AAAAUUUCAAAAAUUGGACAAGUGGAAAUCAUAGCGUUGAUGAAUUUAUUCAAAAAGCACAGUUAGAAGCUAAUGAUGUGCAUCAAAUCUUAGAGUGGAUUGAAUAUGAUGAAUUUGAAGGUGUUGAAUAUUUAGCAAAAGGGGGAUUUGGAACUACUUUUAAAGCAGUUUGGGAAUAUGGUCCCAUUAAUUGGGAUUUUGAAAAAAAUCAAUUGGUAAGAAGUGGUGAAACAGAAGUUGCUUUAAAAUGUUUGUAUAACUCACAAGACAUCACAAAAGAUUUUUUAAAUGAAGUUGAAUCAAAUAUUUUAGUAUGUGAUUCUGAUUCUGUAGUUCGUUGUUUUGGUAUUACCAAAGAUCCAAAAACAAAUAAUUUUAUGAUGGUGAUGGAUUUAAAAGUUGGUAGUUUAAGACAACAUUUAAAUAAGAAUUUCAUUUCACUGAGUUGGAGUCAAAAGAUGACGAGUUUAUUAGGUAUUGCAAAUGGCCUUCUUGAUAUUCAUAAUAAAGGAUUAAUUCAUCAUGAUUUUCAUUCUGGAAAUAUAUUAAGCGAUUUUGAUGCAACUACUUAUAUUACUGAUUUGGGAUUAUGUCAACCGGCAAAUGUCGAAUUCUCUCAAAAUAGUAAUAAAAAAAUAUAUGGUGUAUUACCUUAUGUAGCUCCAGAAGUUUUAAAAGGAAAAGAAUAUACUCAAAAAAGUGAUAUUUAUGGAUUUGGAAUCAUUGCAUAUGAAAUUUGUACAGGUUUCCCUCCUUAUUAUGAUAUAGCUCAUGAUGAAUUCUUAGCAAUGAAAAUUUGUGAGGGGUUAAGACCAAAGUGUAAUUACAAAAUUCCUCAAAUAAUUUUUGAUAUUAUUAAUCAAUGUUGGGAUGCAGACCCUUUAAAACGACCUAGUGCAAUUGAAUUACGAGAGUUAACAAGGGAAUUUUUUUAUGAUACUAUUGAAACUUCUGAGAUUUUUAAACAAAUUAGAGAAGCAGAUAUAAUUAAUGAAAAGUUAUCUUUUUCAUCACCUUUAAUAUCUACUGGUACUACAUUAUAUAUGACACAUCCUCAAGCAGUUUACACAAGUAGACUUUUAGAUUUUAAAAAUCUUCCAGUACCAAAAAAUGCUAGAAUAUUCAGAUUCCUUAAGAAUGGAUUUUACUGAACUUGAUAUUAAUUCUAAA